AUGGAUUCUCAAUUGGGUACUUCCCCUAGUUACACAUGGAGGGGUAUUUGGGAGUCAAAGUGGGUAUUGCGUAGAGGUAUCUGUUGGAGAGUGGGGAAUGGCGCAAACAUUGGUGUGUGGGAUGAUUCUUGGAUCCCUGGCACACAAAGCCGCAGGUUGCUAUCCCCUAGGGGUAUUAAUGAUGCGCAGAUGAAGGUGAAUGAGCUUAUAAAUUCUGAAACGUACGGGGUGUACUCGUUUCGGUCUGCUUACAGAGCCUUGAUUAAUGAUGAGUGGUUGAAGGAGGAGGAAGCACCCUCUAUGGUGAAUAAUUUUUGGGGCAAAAUCUUGAGCCUUCAUGUACUCCCAAGAGUAAAGAUCUUCGCUUGGAGGGCUUGUCAGAAUGCUAUCCCGACUCUUAGAGGCAUUAAUAGUCGAAUUCAGACCUUUGACGCGACUUGCUGCAUCUGUGGGAGGGAGAAUGAAACCACGAUUCAUGCUUUGCGGGAGUGCAACCUUGCUAGAGAAAUUUGGUUGUGCAGCACUUUCUCCAAAGUGUUGGAAGGCAGUUUUGCUUCAUUGAUUGAUUGGUGGGAAUGGUGCAUAAAAGAGUUUGAGGAGCAUGAGGUGGAGGAGAUAAUUACCUUGAGCUGGGCAAUAUGGAAUGCUAGAAAUAAAGCGGUGUUGCUGGGUGAAAAAUUGGAACCGAGUAGUGUUCUGAGUUAUGCUAGGAAGGUAUGCGAGGAGUUGCGUGGAGUUGAGAUGAAGAAGGGUGGAGGGAGGGCUGAUGGAAGGACUGAUGCUGCAGGUUGGAAGCCUCCUGAUACAGGGCUUGCAAAAGUGAAUGUUGAUGCUGGCUUGUUGGGCGAAGUGGGAUCGGGGAUUGGGGUGGUCUGCAUAGAUGACAGGGGAGAGAUUACUUGCUGUGCUGCUGUUCAGUUUGCUGAAAUUUGGGAUACAAAAAUUGCUGAAGCUAAGGCUGUUUUUUGGGGAAUGAAGGUGGCGCUUGAAACUGGGUUAAGCGAUAUUGUGAUUGAAAGUGAUUGUCUGCAGGUAGUUGAUGCUCUGCGCAACAAAAUUCAAGGAACCAGCCAUUUUCACCUAAUUUUAGAUGAUAUUGUAGCUCUUGCUUUUAACUUUUCUAGUGUAGUUUGGUCUUUUGUUAAACAUGGUGGCAAUAAGGUAGCGCACGAGUUGGCUCACUAUCAACCUUGGGAUGUGGGUAAACGAGUGUGGCGUAAUGUAAUCCCACCACGAAUUUCUGCUGUUGCUGCUAAUGAUAUUCUAGUCUAA